AUGCCGAGCCCUUCUCUCGUCGUCGCGCUCGCCGCGUCCAGCGCGGUCGCGGGGUACGCCACCGCCGCGCUCGCGCGGCGCGGCGACGACCGACGCGGCGCGCGUCCGUCGCGCGCGCCGUCGUCGUCCGGAUUAAAACCUCAUCGUCGUCGUCAUCAUCAUCAUCUCGCGCGCGCGACGACGCCGGAGCUGGACGCCCUGCGCGCGGCGACGCCUCCCGCGUGGCACGAGGACGGCUCCCCGGAGGAGCGCGUCGCGCAGCUCGGCCUGGAGCUCGACGGGCGCGUCGCGACAAACCCCGCGGGGGUGUUCUACCCCGUCGUCCUCGUCGGCGACCUCGCGUACGUCAGGCGCGUUCUAGCUAGUAUCCCACACUGGUCCCCGUACGACCGCGUCGGCGUGGAUCCCUCGCUUUCAAUCCCCGCCCUCGAUGCCUUUCAACGACUCCAACUGACGCCUUUCAACUCCACCCCGACGUUCGCUUGUAUGGAACGACCCCGCAGCGGCCAGGUCCCUCGAAACGCGGACGGAAGCCUCGUCGUGGGCAAGUGCGGCUCCGACGACUUCACGGACGACGAAGCCGUGGAGGCGGCGCGCGUCGUCGGGCUCACGAUGCUCGCGACGAUGCGGCAGCAGUUCGGCAGCCUUGACGUCAUCGCCAGGGUGGUCAAGGUGAACGGGUUCGUCAACUGCACCUCAGGCGCGUUCUAUAAGAUAGUAUCGGACUGGUCCCCAUACGACCGCGUCGGCGAGGUGGACGCCUACACGAAACAACCCGCGGUGGUGAACGGCCUCGCCAACUUGUUCAUCGACGUGUUCGGGCCCGCGGGAAAGAGCUCGAGGAGCGCCGUGGGGUGCGCGGGGUUGCCAUUGGGGAUCCCGGUCGAGGCGGAGGCGAUCGUGGAGCUGAAGAAGUGA